GGCAUGGUCCAAAGUACUGCUGGCACUUGGCGUGUGGAGAUGGUUUUAACAGACGUUCUGGAGGACUCAGGAACACUGCACUGGCCUGGAGAAGCCUCAUAAACCCUUUAUCCGGCACACACUUUUCUAGACGAGGAUUGUUGGUCCCACGCGCUGUGAGAAAGGACACAGACUCCUCACCUGUAGCUGGAAUAUUCAAAGUUGGUCCCCUCCGUGAGCUUCCCUUGUUUGUCAUCCCGUGUGUCCCACCUCAACCGCCACAAUGCCAAGCUCCACCAUCCGUCGGCAGAUGAAGAACAUGGUGAACAACUACUCUGACGCAGAGAAGAAGGUCCGAGAGGCCACCUCCAACGACCCUUGGGGGCCCUCCUCCUCGCUGAUGUCCGAAAUUGCCGACUUAACCUACAACGUGGUGGCCUUCAGCGAGAUCAUGAGUAUGAUCUGGAGACGGCUCAAUGACCACGGCAAGAACUGGCGCCAUGUCUACAAAGCGCUCACCCUACUCGACUACCUGAUCAAGACGGGUUCAGAGCGUGUGGCGUUGCAAUGCAAGGAGAACAUCUUUGCCAUCCAGACGCUGAAGGACUUCCAGUACAUUGACCGCGACGGGAAGGACCAGGGCAUCAAUGUGAGGGAGAAGAGCAAGCAGCUGGUGGUCCUUCUCAAAGACGAAGACCGUCUCAAAGGAGAGAGGUCUCAGGCUUUGAAGACCAAAGAGCGCAUGGCCCAAGUGUCCACGGGGAGUACUCAGAUGGGCUUUGGUCGUGGUUCAUCCCAGCCCAACCUCUCCACUUCGUACAGUGAAGAGUACGGCAGGUCAGAGGGCUCGCCUGCCUCCUACCAUGGCUCCACAUCUCCCAAUGCGGGCUCAGAACUGGAGCAGGCCAGGCCUCAGACCAGUGGUGAAGAGGAGCUACAGUUGCAACUCGCUCUGGCCAUGAGCAGAGAGGCUGCAGAGCAGGAGGAGCGUGUACGCAGGGGCGAUGAUUUGAGACUACAGAUGGCCUUGGAGGAGAGUAAGAAAGGAGGUCCAGGCUCUGGCAAACUCACCAGAAAGAAAAACGACCCACAGUCCACUCUGAUGGAUUUGAUGGAUGUCCCAGAGCCAGGUGCUACUGCUGAUCCCUGGGGUGGAGGAGCUGUAGCCAAAGGGGACCCCUGGAAGUCUUAUGGUUCUACUCCUAAAAGGGCAGCGGACCCAUGGGGGGCUCCUACCUCUGUGCCACCCAUGAAGAGCAGUGAUCCCUGGGCUUCAAAUUCCACCCCUGCGUCUGACCCCUGGGGAUCAGCCGCUACUCGCCCCAAGGCUUCCAACACAGGUAGCUUUGACCUGUUCACUGAAUCCAAUGGUACGUCCAAAGAGGACUUCUCAGAGUUUGACAGCCUGCGCUCCUCCUCCUCUGUCCCUGCUGGUGACGGUGGCAUAGCGUCGUCUAUUCCCUCCCAAGCCAGCCUUGCCAGCAGUAGCAGCCUGGACAUCUUUGACCCGCUUCCCACCUCCUUUUCUUCCUCCACUAACUCAACCAGGAAGACUCCAGAGUCCUUCCUGGGGCCCAAUGCUGCCCUGGUGAAUUUGGACUCUCUGGUGACCAAACCAACUCAACCUGCGCCAGCGUUCAACCCAUUCUUGGCUUCAGCAGGUGGUGCCGCCCCGGCCUCCAGCGCCCACGCCAACCCCUUCCAGGUGGGCCAGCCCGCCCCCCCCACCCUCAACCAGAUGCGCGUCAGCCCCAUGCCCUCGGGUUUCGGCGCCGCCAUGUCCGACCCCAUGUCCAGCCAGCCCGUCACCAUGGUGCCCCUGGCGGGCAUGGCCCCCGCCGGCCACCACCCGAUGGCCAGCAUGAGUUCGGGCGCCGGAAUCCCCGCCUCCAUGUCCAUACCCCAACCCCUGAUCAGCAUGCCGCCUCAGGCCGGCGCGCAGCCCACUGGAGCCACCAACCCCUUUAUUUUGUGAAGGUGGGCCCACCGCCAUCUUGUCCCCUCCUUUAGGGCGUCUGGUCCCGUUUAACCCUUUUAUAACCUUAACCUCUUCCCCUCUCUCUCUCUCUCUCUCUCUCUCUCUGUCUCUCUCUCUCUCUCUCUCUCUCUCUCUCUACACGCCGCCUGGUUGUGUUGUCCUCCAUCACACAUCAGACCUUAGACUUGUUGUUGUUUUGGGACACGCUCCUUCCUUCUGUGCAAGCCUGACUGUACUAACGCCAGGAUCUUAUUUCCUCACCACAGCUAAUCUUUUAUAAGCCCUGUCAGCUGGUGUGUGUACGUGUGUGUGAGAGUAAGUGUGUGUGUGUGUGCACAUAUUAGUGCUUUUACACUGUGGAUCUUCCAGUGGGCUUCUCUUACUGGAGUUAGAAUGACAAAGACCAUUUGUUGUGUUUAUACUCCGUGUACGUGUGUGUGUGUGUGUGUGUGUGUGUGUGUGUGUGUGUGUGUGUGUGUGUGUGUGUGUGUGUGUGUGUGUGUGUGUGUGUGUGUGUGUGUGUGUGUGUGUGUGUGUGUGUGUGUGUGUGUGUGUGUGUGCGUGUGUGUUACUAAGCAGGGAUUUUGCACAUUUUGUUGUUUUUUUCCUUACAAUUUAUUUUGGCGACUGUUGGGCUCACCGUUACUCCUUAGCUUCGGGGAAGGGGUCUAGAACAAGUCCCACUGGGGACUUCCUCUGUCCACACUUACUGGGCGUCCCAUGACAGUACCCCCCUCCCACAACUCUCUACGUUGACACCCGGGCGUCACAGGAUUCCCUUUGAACGCUUCUCAAACAUCCACGGUGACGCGUAACCUUACAUCCCCCGCUGCGUGUGUGUGUGUGGACAGGAGUAGACAGUAGUAUCGGCACACACACACACACGCUGAGGCAUUGUGGGACUUGUUUUGUGUCUAGGAUCAAAGGGAAGUGUGUGUGCGACGAGAAAGAGACCGUAUCACCCUUGUGAGGAGUUAGGCUCCGCAAUGAUGAUGUCCGCAUUUUCUGACGUAGGUCACAAGCUGUGACUGACCCGGUGGACGCACCCACACACACACUUAUACACACACUAGCGCGGUGGAACAAAGAAACAAAAUGCUGUCAUGAAUGAAGUGUUCUUCACUCCGUGCCGCCCCCUAGUGGAGUGUUUUCUACACCACAGCCUCUUGUAGCCCUUCCCUUAGAAGCACAACUGUUACCAAAGUCCUAGCGGUUUAUUUUUUAUUUUUUUUUGAGGCACACUCCCGUUCUUACUGUUUUUUUUCCCCCGACGUAGUUGAAAGCUAGUGAUGGGUGAAAGGAUACUGAUGAUCGAUACAUUAACACGUGACCAAUACAGCUGCCAUGUCGCUGGACUGUGAAGCACAAACGGGAACUUAUUUGGGCCCACAGGUGUUAGCCAGCGUGUAAUCAAAUAAGUCGCAGGAAAGGGAACAUUUUGACCUGAGUGCACCAAAUGUUUACUAUUUGGCCCAUUUUUAUUUUCUUUGUGUAGCUACUCGUUAAAAAAAAGAUAUUUUUUGAUCAUUUUAUUUGUAGGUCACACCCAAUGACCAGUAAUAAACACCAACACAGCACCAGUGCAUUGUGAAUACAGGUAGUGAGUGUGCCAUACGCUCACUGAGGCAUCAUUUAAUAGGAGUGUGAAUCGUUGGCUACCUAACGAUUCCAUCCGAUUCUUGGUGGGACAAUUCGAUUCAGAAUCGAUUGCUGAUUCAAACAGAGUCUCUCAAUGUGUUUGGUGUAAUAAUACUAAGGGAACCCUUUCAAAACAUGUUGGAAAAGCUCAUUCUGGUUGCAUGGAGAUGGCCUGAAAACGUUUUGUUUUUUUUAAUCGAUUUUUGAAAAUGAUGAAUCGAUUUAGAAUUUGGAAGAAUAAGAAUCGCCAUUCGGAUGUGAAUUUUUUUUUUUGUGCACCACAUAUUCCUUUUUGUGUAGCUGCUUGUUAAAAAACAGAAACCCAAUAUAAAUAUAAUAUCUAACUGUGAAACGCCAACACAGUAUCAGUGCAGGGUCGAUACAGGUAGUGAGUGUGCCAUGCGCUCACUAAGGCGCCAUUUGUGUGAAUCGUUGGCCACCUAACGAUUUGACCCGAUUCCUGGGGUGACGGUUUGAUUCAGAAUCGAUUCCUGAUUCAAACCGAUUCUUGCAAUGUAUUUGUUGUAGUAAUUCUAAUUAAUUCAAAACACGUUGGAAAAGCUAAUUCUGGUCUAAAAACGUUUUUUUGAUAAUCAAUUCUUAUAAAAAAAAAAAUUCAAAUCAAUUUUUGAGAAUUAUGAAUUGAGUUUCAAUCUGGAUAAAUUAGAAUUGCGAUUUUUUUUUUUCUUUCCUGCAGCCCUACUUUAUGGCUCGUUGACCACCCUUGCACUUUUCAUAUUUUUUUUGUGUAGCUACUCCUUAAAAAAAUAGAUACAAAUGUUAGCUAACUAUUGGUUUUAUUUGAAGGUCAAAGGUGAUGACUUUUUUUAAUUAGCAGAUGGCGGCCGACCAGGUAGUGAGUGUGCCACACGCUCACUGAGGUGUCAUUUACCCAUCACUACGCUACUUUUUUCCCCAAGUUUGUGACAAAGUGUUUGAGUCUCCAGAAGAGAUAAAUAAGUCUUUGUCCAUCACUGCCAAUAUUUUCUUUUUACACUUUAGUUUCCUCUCUUGAUGUCAUUUUUCCUCUUCAUUGCAGACCUUUUAUUUUCUCUCAGGCAAAAAGGAGGCGCAGCUUCAAUGGGAUGUGAAGUGAAUGAGAGCCGGUUUGAUGAAUGGAUGAAUGAAUUGCAACACAACUAUAAUAUGCAAACAUUGAGAGAAAAGAUGCCUGAUGUGAUUUGCUAAUAGUCUUUAUCGUACGGCUAAUUAGUCAUUUAGCUAAGAAGCGACACUUUCUCACUCGACUUCGAUAUUCAAGUGAACAUGAAAAAAAAAAAGACGACACUGCAAAUGACCACUUUUUAUGCGCAGAGGGGCAGCGAUGCGUCGUUACGUAUUUACUAACAGACUGUCCUGUCUUUAUAGGCGUUAAUAAUAGCCACCUUUCUAUUCCUUUCUCACAGUACUGGGGAGCAGGCUGCUUUUUAUCGCUUACAAGCUGUCGGCAUUAUAACUGUAUAAUAUAAUUUAUCAUUUGUACUAUUGUAACAUAACGUUCUUCCGUUGACCUUAUUUUUUGUUAUCAGUCUAAUGGGUUUUUGUAGAAAAAAAGAAGUCCCCGUGGAAUUUAACGGCGUCUAAAAGAAAAAGGAGCGCAGCGAGGACGAGUGUAGCUGCAUUGGUUCAAAAUAAAAUUAUAUCACUUCUGCUCUGAACUCUUGUCUUUUCUUGUUCAACAUGAAAACAGUGCAAAGCAGAUCAUUGCCAAGUUGAACUUUAUGUAAAAAUACAAAAGACACUUACAAAAGCGAGGUUUAAAUAUAAAAGGUUGUUCGCAGAGAAGAUCAGAAGUUACUUUGGUCUUCUGUGGACCAGCUGGACGCGGCGUGAGAUUGGGGGUUUGCAGGUCCCGAGUCGUAGCCCAGUUUCUUCAGGUCCUUCAUCAUGAUGCUGAAGCACACGGUGACAAAUCCUUGGGAGCAAACUCGUGUCACUGCAACACACAUGAAAGCAAGUUGAUACAAAGUAACCGUAGAGACGAUAUUGUAGCCUGGGAUCUACGAGGCACACGCACCUUCUCUCCCUUCGCCUUGGGCGACUACUUUAGGGUCCGUGUACUCGGGCCGACGACCCAUUAGCCAGCUGAGGAGGAGACACUGAUUUAGAUCAUUAACAUAAUACCUUACACAAGUAUUUUAGCAUGCUAACGUUUUAUGCUAGCAUUUUAGCAAAUUUUCUACAUAACUCAAUUAUGGAUUCUGUUACUUGGCGCCACAUUGCCAACUGUUCCUAUGUUAGCAUGCUAACCGGUAAAGAGCUAGCAUACAUCUAAGAUGGCGCCUGUCACUACUUGAUCGGUCCACGUCAACUUGUUCCACGGCAGUUAUGUUCGUGCACAUGUCACUGUUAGCAUGGUUUCUUCGUUUUGUUCAUUUUUAUUUCAGUAACAAUGUCAUAUAAAAGAUAAGAAUAACAUUUAAAAAUAAAGUAUUUAUUUUGGAACUGUACAGAAACCCAAAUGAUGUGCCUUAAAAGGCAAAGAAAAUAUAUUUUUUUACUACUUUAUUUACAUCAAAUAUAUAAAUUACCAAUACUACUUUGUUUUAGGCUGCAGAUAUUAGAGGUGCACAAAAAAAUUGCAAUUCAUAUUAUUCCCGAUUUUAAAUCGGAUUCGUAGUUUUCAGAAAUGUAUUUGAAAUAGUAUUUUUUUACAUUUCAAAUAUUUUUUCUUUAAAAGAGUCAGUUUUCCAAAAGUUUUUUUAAGCCAUCUUCAUGCAACCAAAAGGAGCUUUUCUAACCUGCAACCUGUUUUGAAAAGGUGUCGUUAUAAUUAUUACACCAAAUAAUAUGUUGCAAGAAUCAGUUUGAAUCCAGAAUCGUGUUAAAUCAAGCAUUGAUUAUAAAUCGAUUCGUCACCCCAGGAAUCGGAAUCGGAUUGAAUCGUUAGUGCCCAAGAGAUCAUACCCCUAAUACUUCUAUGAUAGCGCCAAAAUACGGAAUCUACGAUUAGUAGUUAAAAAAAAGUAUAAAAUUGGCUACAAAACUAGACAUGUCCGAUAAUAUCGGACGAUAAAUGCUUUAAAAUGUGAUAUCGGAAAUAAUCGGUAUCUGUUUCAAAAAGUAAAAUGUAUGACUUUUAAAAACGCAGCUGUACGGAGUGGUACACGGACGUAGGGAGAAGUACAGAGCGCCAAUAAACCUUAAAGGCACUGUCUUUGCGUGCAGGCCCAAUCACAUAAUAUCUACGGCUUGUCACACACACACAAGUGAAUGCAAUGCAUACUUGGUCAACAGCCAUACAGGUCACACUGAGGGUAGCGUAUAAACAACUUUAAAACUGUUACAAAUAUGAGCCACACUGUGGCUCACACCUAACAAGAAUGA